AUGGCAAUCACUACAACAGAAAAGGUUAAAGUUUGGGGAAGUAAUAAUAAUGGGAUGUUAACACUUGGAGAUGAAUACAUGAUUAGAUAUCCUAGAAAAUUAACAACUUUUGGACUUUCUUAUUCGAAUGUUUCGGUUGUGAUUGCCAAAUCAGGAAAUGCUUGUUCAUUCUUAUUGACUGCUUUGGGGAAUGAUAGUUCUACCAAUGUAUUAGAAUAUUGGGGAGGUUGCAAUAACGGUCUUGGAUUUUCAGUAACUGCCAAUACUCCAACACAAGCACUCACAUCAUUGACAUCUAAAAAAGUUAUUGACCUAGAUAUGAAAGGAGAGUUUGCAGUAGCUCUUGUUGAGAAUGGGGAUGUCUAUGCUUGGGGAAAGGGAGAUUAUUACUCUUUUGGCUCUUCAUCAAGUAGUAAUCCAACUCCUACGUUAAUCUAUUCGAAUGUUAAACUAAUCACAGCUGCCUCUUCCAAUACGUAUCUAUUAUUACAGAAUGGAACACUAUUGGGUAUUGGUGAUAAUACCUAUGAUGAAUUAGGUGUCACUGGACCGACUAGUAUUUCAAAUUUCAUUGCAUUGAAUACUUCAAUCAUUGAUUCGAAUAAUGAAGUCAUUGUUGACAUUAAGGGAGGUACACAAACACUCUUUGUCUUGACAGAUAAGGGAAAUGUGUACGGUAUUGGUUUAAAUACUGGAGGUAAUAAGUAUCUUUCCCCUAGUGCAACUUCCAAAUAUUCAACUUUUAUUCGAAUCAAUGGAAAUGUCAAAGUUAGAAAGAUGUUUGUUGGAUUUUACAGUGCUACUGUAUUUGUUUCAACAAGUGGAGUACCCUACUAUUUCGAUGGAACACCAAUCAAAUUGAAUCUUCCAUCAGAUGAUUCGUAUUUGGUUGACUCAUUCAUGUAUUCAAAAAGACACUACUUUAUUACCAAAAAAGGGAAUGUUUACACAUCUGGUUCCAAUGAUUAUUAUCAGACUUCAUACAGAAGUGGUUUUAAUCCAGUUAUUUCUGCUCCAACUCUCUACAUGACAAAAGAUUAUUUUGAUGGAGUACCAUAUAUGGGAAUUGCUGGAUCUUUGGUUGCCGGAAUUAUUACCAGAGAAGAAUAUACAUGUUUUGGAGUGAAUUCUACCGAUUCAACUGUCUGCUCUUCUCGUGGUUAUUGUUCUGGACCAGAUUCUUGCACAUGUGAUGAAGGAUAUUAUGGGUUGACCUGUGCCAAUUUUUCCUGCAAUUCAAUUUCCUCAUUCAAUUCUUCAGUUUGCUCUGGAAGAGGAAUUUGUUCUGGGCCUAAUACUUGCUCUAAUUGUACAAAUUCUAUUGGAAACAAUUGUGAAUAUCCUAUUUGUUAUGGAACUUAUUCGAAUAAUGUUUCAGUUUGUAGUGGAAAUGGAUAUUGCACAUCAGUAGAUACUUGUCAAUGUAAAUUUGGAUUUUAUGGAACUAAAUGUGAAUAUAGAACGUGUUUUGGAGGUUCAGCAUUGAAUGGAGUUUUACCAAGACAGACAGUCGCCGAUGUCUUUUGUAAAAACAUUAACAAGCUAUUGAAAUAA